AGUGAUUUUCGAGCUUCGCAGUGCCGUAGCAUCCGUGAUGGCAGAGAGAAAUCACCUCUCCCAGUUCCUUUAAUAUGCUCCCUGUUGAGGGGAUAAGGGUACCACCGGACCAGUCUCAAAAUGACCACCGGCUUCAGCUCCGGUUCCUGCCGGUUCGCAGAUUAUUUUGUGAUCUGCGGACUCGACACCGAAAGCGGACUGGAACCCGACGAACUGUCCGCUUUAUGCCAGUAUAUAGAGGCUACUAAAUUCAGAGAUGGGGCCAGAGGAAAAUUGGCGGGGGCAGAUGAAGGUGAGAAUUUUGAGCAGAGUCCAUUGCGGAGAACCUUUAAAUCCAAGGUUCUAGCACAUUAUCCAGACAAUGUCGAGUGGAAUCCAUUUGACCAGGAUGCAGUUGGCAUGCUCUGCAUGCCAAAGGGCCUGUCGUUCAGGACGCAGGUUGAUUCUCGGGAGCCUCAGUUCCACUCUUUUAUCAUCACCAGAGAGGACGGCUCUCGGACCUACGGCUUUUCCCUCACCUUCUUCGAGGAGGUGACCAGUAAGCAGAUCUGCAGCGCCAUGCAGACGCUUUACCACAUGCACAACGCGGAGCAGUACGACAUCUUGCACACUCCCACCUCACCACAGGGACCCGAGGACCAGCGACACCAACACUCCCAGCCUCGUCCCAUGCUCCACGCUGCACCCGCCAUCUCCCGACUGCAGCGCUUCAACUCGUAUGACAUCAGCCGUGACACGCUGUACGUGUCAAAGUGCAUCUGCUUGAUAACACCCAUGGCCUUCGCUCAGGCGUGCAGGAAGGUGUUGCAGCAGCUUCACCAGGCUGUCUCUUCACCUCAGCCCCCACCCCUCCCCUUGGAGAGCUACAUCUUCAACAUCCUCUAUGAGGUGCCGCUUCCACCCUCCGGGCGUUCCCUCAAGUUCUCAGGCGUCUACGGGCCUGUGGUGUGUCAGAGGCCGAGCACGUCUGAGCUGCCACUCUUUGACUUUGCCAUCAGUGAAAUGUUUAAUCUUUUGGGUGUGGAGAAUGUUCUUCAGCUGUUCACCUGUGCCCUGCUGGAGAUGCAGAUACUGCUCUACUCACAGCAUUACCAGAGGCUGAUGACGGUGGCAGAGAGCAUCACGGCUUUAAUGUUCCCCUUCCAGUGGCAGCAUGUGUACGUUCCCAUUCUGCCUGCCUCCCUCCUCCACUUCCUGGACGCUCCUGUGCCGUAUCUCAUGGGCCUCCACUCCAACGGACAGGAUGACCGCACCAAGCUAGAGCUGCCACAGGAGGCUAACUUGUGUUUCGUGGACAUCGAUAACCACUUCAUCGAACUGCCAGAAGAGUUACCCCAGUUUCCCAACAAGCUAGAGUUCAUCCAGGAGAUCUCAGAGGUGCUCAUGUCCUUCGGCGUGUCUCCAGAGGGAAAUAUUCACUCCAGCGACAGCCAGGCCAAGUACCGCAGCUUCCGAUCUGUUGAUAUGGUCUCUGACAAGCGCAAUGGCAAUCUGGCCUCGCCCCUCAACUCCUACCUGCUGAGAGAGAACGAAACUAUCGCCAGACUGCAGGCUCUGGUCAAGAGGACAGGAGUCAGCCUGGAGAAGCUGGAGGUGAGGGAGGAUGCCAGCAGCAAUAAGGACAUGCGGGUUCAGUGUGACGAUGAGGAGCUAAAGAUGCACCAGCUCAACAUCCAAGUGCGCGAGGUCUUCGCCAACCGAUUUACCCAGAUGUUCGCAGACUAUGAGGUGUUUGUCAUACAGCCGAGCCAGGACAAAGAGUCCUGGUUCACCAAUCGAGACCAGAUGCAGAACUUUGACAAGGCCUCCUUCCUGUCUGACCAGCCAGAGCCCUACCUGCCCUUCCUGUCACGAUUCUUGGAGACGCAGAUGUUUGCCUCCUUCAUCGAUAGUAAGAUCCUCUGUCAUGAUGAUGAGGAGAAGGAGCACACACUGAGGGUGUUUGACGCCCGUGUGGAUAAGAUUCGCAUGCUGAACGUCCGCACGCCCACGCUUCGCACCUCGAUGUACCAGAAAUGCACAAACAUCGAAGAAGCGGACAACCUGGUUAAAAAACGAUAUGAGAAAGCUGAUUUUGUUGUUCCUGGACCUCAUGUCAUUGGGCUCGAGGACGACAAGACUCACCUUCAGAAAGCCAUAGAGAUGAGAGUGUCAAAGAUCGACCACACUGCCCUCCACCCCCACCUGCUGGACAUGAAGAUCGGUCAGGGGCGCUAUGAGCAAGGCUUCUUCCCCCGACUGCAGUCUGAUGUGCUCUCCACCGGGCCCACCAGCAACAAAUGGACCAAGAGGAGUGCUCCCGCCCAGUGGAGGAGGAGGGACCGACAGAAGCAGCACGCUGAGCACCUUUAUUUAGACAAUGACCAGAGAGAGAAGUACAUCCAGGAAGCCAGAAACCUGGGCACAACCAUCAGACAGCCAAAACUGUCCAACCUGUCGCCUUCUGUCAUCGCUCAGACAAACUGGAAAUUUGUUGAAGGAUUGCUGAAGGAGUGCAGGAACAAGACCAAGCGUAUGCUGGUAGAGAAGAUGGGUCGGGAGGCCGUGGAGCUGGGUCACGGCGAGGUCAGCAUCACCGGUGUUGAAGAGAACACUCUGAUUGCGAGCCUGUGUGAUCUGCUGGAGAGGAUCUGGAGCCACGGGCUGCAGGUUAAACAGGGUAAAUCUGCCUUGUGGUCCCACCUUCUGCACUACCAGGAAAGCAAAGAGAAGAAGAAUGCAACUCCAGGUGGUUUGGGACCUCCAGGUUUCAUUCAUGACACUGAACGACGCAAAUCUGAUGGUGGUGGAUCAGCCAUGCCGCCUCUUAAAGUCUCCCUGAUCCAGGACAUGAGACACAUUCAAAACAUCAGCGAGAUCAAGACAGAUGUGGGCAAGGCCAGAGCUUGGGUUCGCCUCUCCAUGGAGAAGAAGCUGCUUUCCAGACACCUGAAGCAGCUGCUUUCAGACCAUGAGCUUACAAAAAAACUGUACAAGCGCUACGCCUUCCUCCGCUGUGAUGAUGAGAAGGAGCAGUUUCUUUACCACCUCCUGUCCUUCAAUGCUGUGGACUACUUCUGUUUUACUAACGUCUUUACAACCAUCAUGAUACCCUACCAUGUGGUGGUUGUUCCCAGUAAGAAGCUUGGUGGCUCUAUGUUCACUGCCAACCCCUGGGUGUGUGUUUCUGGUGAGCUGGCAGAGACUGGAGUCCUGCAGGUCCCCAGAAAUACUCUGGAGAUCACUUUCGAGUGCCAAAACCUGGGCAAACUCACCACAGUACAGAUGGGCCAUGAUAACACAGGGCUCUACGCAAAGUGGCUUGUGGAGUGUGUUAUGGUCCGUAACGAAAUCACAGGACACACGUACAAGUUUCCGUGUGGCCGGUGGUUGGGGAAGGGAGUGGAUGAUGGCAGUCUGGAGAGGAUCCUGGUGGGAGAGCUAAUGACCCCCAGCACAGAGAACGAUGAAAGGAUGUGCCGCACACCCCCGAUGCAGCAGUCCCCAGGGAUGAUGAGGAGGUUUGUUACCAUCUCGCCAAACAGCAAACCAAAGUUAAACACAGGUCAGAUCCAAGAGGGAGUGGGAGAGGCCAUCAAUGGAAUUGUGAAGCACUUCCACAAGCCGGAGAAGGAGAGAGGCAGUCUGACCCUUCUCCUCUGCGGGGAGUACGGCCUCGUCUGGGCUCUGGAGCAAGUUUUCCAGCACGGUUUCAAAUCACCCCGACUCUUUAAGAAUGUCUUCAUCUGGGACUUCUUGGAAAAGGCACAAGUGUACUUUGAAAGUGCAGAGCAGCGGGAGGUUACCCCAGAUGAAAACUGGCAAAGCAGAGUGCGCCACUUCUGCCGCUUCAUGCGCGCCAUCAACAACACAUCCAGAAACAUCGGCAAGGACGGAAAGUUCCAGAUGCUCGUUUGUCUGGGUGCAAGGGACCAUUUGCUGCAUCACUGGAUUGCUCUGCUCGCAGACUGUCCAAUCACUGCUCAGAUGUACGAGGACACUGCACUGAUUAAGGACCGCUCGUUGGUGAACUCUCUGAUCAGAGUACUACAGACUCUGCAGGAGUUCAACAUCACCCUGGAGGCUUCUCUUGUCAAAGGUGUUGGUAUCUAAACCAAACCAACCAACUUCCCACCAGUUGCACCUGACCAAGAAGAUCACUGGGGACCACUAAAAAGAAUAACGGAACCUUUUAUAUGCAGAAACAGACUUGAACAAAGGACAUUUUCUGGCUUAUAUUAAAGCUACUGUUACAUUUGCCAUAUAUUAAGUGCAAUGAGCCUUUCAAGAUAUGUUGUUAUUUUUAUCCUCAAUGAUGUUGCCAUUAGAUGUUAAAAAUAUGUUUUCUAUUAUGAACCAUGAUUUUCACAUUACUGACAAUGACCUACUUGUGCUAUAACGUUUUAUUGAAAGCUAAAUAUUUUCAUUGUUAUCGUGAACUGCUGACAAUGGUUAUAUUUAAGGGAAAGCGAGGAUCAAAGCUGUUAAUAUAUUUUCAGAGAAAAACAGUAUUAUUUUGUUAAAUCAGUCAAGUUGCUUGCUCUGUUGUCAACUCAGAUUCCAAUGUCAUAACGCAGAGCUGAAAGCAAAUGAUGUAGAAGUAUGCUUUAUAAGUAUGUGUAUGACAGGGAGGUUUGUAGAGUGUAAGAUGAUUCACCUACAUAAGAAUCAAAAGGCCAUCACAUUUGGGCCUUUCCCUGAGAAAUGUACAAGUAUGCAAAUCUUUUACAUGGAAUACCUUCAGCAGAGAAAAUGAUCCUUCUUGCAUGAUAAUAAGACUGUGUGGCUUAAGACUGUACCCAGUGAUGGACAGUAAUAUUCUGUUGGAUAAAGGAAAAUACCCCAAGUCUUUGGUUUGUGUUCCAGACACAAGUCCUCCAAGUAAUGCUUGACCAAGCUUUCUGUGCAAAGUUGAUCACAAUGACAGCCUUCGUGUAAAUACCUCCAACCAGCCGUUUCCCCGAACAUCAUCUCAGCCCUUACACAUCUGCCCUCUUCUCUGAACAAAGACAGCGUGAUGAUCUGCGUAGAUUGCUCGUAAUGAAGGGUGAUCUCCUGCUUCCCAUGUGAGGAGCAAAAAGGACUGCUCUUUUCCCCUCCAGAUUUUGUCAUCAUGGUUUCUUGCUAUGCAAUAUCCACGAGAAAAUUCAGCCCCCUACAAACUCCAUAUCAUGGUGUCUUGAGGUAUUACCAGGCCCUCCUCCGUUACAUACAUCAAACUUUACUGUGCAGAAUAAGAGAUUUGAUAUGUGAAGGACUUCUUUUCUGUGCCAACAAUGUCUGGAAUGACUGUGUUGUACUUGUCUAUGUACGACCCACACAUGAGCAUCUUGGGAGAUAUAUAUUUUUGUUUUCCAAUACGGUUGUACAUUUAUUGACAUAGCUGUGUAAUGUAGUGUUUACUAAGUGAGCAACAGUGUACAGUGUAAAAAUAUAUUAAGAAUAAAGCAUCUGUAAUGCGAUAAAGGGGUUUUUAUUGUAUUAGGGUGAACCAGUUGUUCAUUAACAGAUUUAUAUUAUCUGCUUAAUGUGCUUACUCAGCUGAAAAAUGUAGUUCACCUCAAAAAUUCAUUGUUCUCAGCUUCUUAGAUAUGAGUAUUUUACUGGUUUUAUUUGUCUUAAUUGUCGUAAUAAUAGUAAACUGAGUAUCUUUGGCUUCUGGACCCCUGGCCAGACAAAACAAGCUAUUUGAAUAAGUAAACUUAAGUAAAUAAGGCUUAAGGAAAUUGUGGUUGUGAUUUCUUAAUAUUUUGUUACAAUUAAUUAAAUAGUGACAGUCUAAUCUAAACUGACUGUUGGCCACCUUUUGCUCCACUUUGUAUGUAUUAACA